AUCGGCAGCGAGCACAUGUGGCGGCCAUUGUGUGCCUUCCUCAACGCACACACACGGCUCCGUGCGUCUAUUCCAGAAUGUUCCUUAAAAUUAAAUAAAAAGUGUCUUGCACGCACGCACUCAGACAGCGUCUACUACGUGGCGACGCCCCCUUCUGGUGUUAGUGAGAAGUGCACCCCAACACAAAGACUUUUAGUCGACAGAAAACGGCGCGAACAUCAUGGACGCUUCUGUGUGAUUCCGGCACGUGCCUCUCGGAUUUAUUCACCGGUACUGACCCCCCCCCGGGACGCACGCACACACACGUCUUCCAGGAGUUUUCGUACAGGAUGGCGGCAAACAGCAGGUGCACGAGGAGCCACGCGCAGCGCACAGGAUAAAGAAUACGUGGGCUUCGCUUCCUUGCCCAAUCAGCUGCACAGGAAGUCUGUGAAGAAAGGAUUUGACUUCACACUCAUGGUGGCUGGAGAGUCAGGCCUUGGUAAAUCCACGCUGGUCAACAGUUUGUUCCUCACGGAUCUUCACAAAGACAGAAAACUUCUCACUGCAGAAGAGCGUAUCCAUCAGACGGUGGACAUCAUCAAGCACACGGUGGACAUCGAGGAGAAAGGCGUCAAGCUGAGGCUCACCAUCGUGGACACCCCAGGCUUCGGCGACGCUGUCAACAAUACGGACUGCUGGAGGCGGGUGUGCGACUACGUGGACGAUCAGUUUUUCCAGUAUUUCUGUGACGAGAGCGGGCUGAACAGGAAGAAGAUUGAAGACAAUCGUGUCCACUGCUGCCUGUACUUCCUGCCUCCUUUUGGACACGGGCUCCGUCCGGUGGACGUGUCGUUCAUGAAGGCGCUGCAGGAGAAGGUCAGCAUCGUUCCGCUGAUCGCCAAGGCUGACGUGCUCACGCCCAGCGAGACCGCAGCGCUGAAAGGCAAGCUGAGGGACGAGAUGGACGCACACGACAUCAAAGUCUAUCAGUUUCUACACGGCGACUCGGACGACGAUGACGACUCCAGGCAGGAAGACCUGAAGGUCAGCAUGCCCUUUGCCGUCAUUGGCAGCAACACGGUGGUGGAGGUCAGAGGGCAGCGGCUGCGAGGGAGGAUGUACCCUUGGGGCUUUGUGGAGGUGGAGAACCCGUGUCACUGUGACUUUGUCAAGCUGAGGACCAUGCUGAUCCAAACGCACAUGCACGACCUCAAGGACCUGACCUGCGACCUUCACUACGAGAGCUUCAGAGCGCGCUUCAUCAGCGCCAUGAGCAGCAAGAUGACGGCGCAGCAGCGAGCGGAGAGCCCCCUCCCCCCACCGCCUUUGUCCUUGCCAGAGACGGACGACGCGACGAAGAAGAGGGACGAGCAGCUGAGGAGGAUGCAGCACAUGCUGCACACCAUGCAGCAGCAGAUGCACCAGCACAACCUCUGACCUCUCACCUCUACCAACAUCACUCCGUAAAGCUGCCUGGCGAGGCUUCUUAGCUCAUCUUAGCUUAGCCUAAUUUAGGAUAGAGUAGAGAGACUUUGUUACUUUUAGCAAUGAGCGUUUCUUCAUAAAAUCUUUCCUUGAUGACUUUUUCGGACUUGCUACUUCCAACAUGCACCACAAACUACUGCUUCUUCCGCACCAAACUCCUCCUCAAAGCGUUCUUACUACAUUGGAAGUAUACCAACCAUCAACACUCAUUAUUCCACUACUACUUCACUAUUGCACAACUCCUAAACGCUUCCAGUAAGACAGUCAUUUGUCAAUUAAGGCUGUGAUGUAAAAUUGUGCAUUAAAAAAGUUUACAGGGUUUCUUUUAAGUGAAAAAGUUUCAUCGCAUUGGAAUCGAAGCCGUGUGCAAACGGUUUCCCAAUCAUUUCCAAUGGUAGCGCUAGCUAAAGGUGUAAUAUACAUUUGUCCAGAGGUGGCGCUGUGGGCGCUCGGUAAUCCAGCCACAACACGGUAAACUAACGAGAUAGAAACCUUCGAUUAAAUACUCUAAGUUCUACUGUACUGGAUUGGUUCUACUAUUUUCUGGACUGGCUGCCUGCGUGGCAGGCGGGAAUUCUACCAAGGAACCACCAAUGCAUGGAAACAUGAGGAAAGUAUUUGUUUUUCCUGGGGAAUUCCAAACGUAGUGAUGACUGUGUGAAAGACAUGUAAUGCCAUCUCAUGCAACUAGAUGUCAGCAAUGUUUAAUGGAGAAAAAAACAUGUCAGCGUUCAUUCUUAUCCUUUCUUUGAAUGCAAUAAAUACCCAUGCACUAAUGCAA